UGAAACUGAAAAGCAGCUUCGUAAGGAACUGCUGCUGGAUCCGGUAGCCCCGGUAGGUCCGGCGGCGUUAACAGGACAAAGCUUUCCCUCAUUUUCCACAAAACGAACCACUCCCUCUGUUUUCCCUCCUCUCUUUCUCUGCUCCUUCGCCUUUCAACUUUCUACCCUUCCAGUCCACUCCUCUCUCUUUCUCUCUCUUCUUCAAACCUACAUUCCCCUGUAAUUCUUUCCUAAAAAAUCCAUUAGAAUGACUUGAUAGAGAUCGUUUUAACAUUUCAACAUGGCUCCCGGAAUCGAAGAAGGAGAUGGAAGGGAUCUGGAGAAGGGAAUGGCAAAAAUUCUUCAAUAUAUCCCUAAAUAUGUGCCAGAUUCAACGUCAUUUUCUUCUCCGGUUCCGUCACCGGUGUCAACGCCAAGGUCGACUCUGGUGAUAUCCAAUUCCGGGAAGGCUUUGCUUGUAUCCAAUUCUAGCAAGUCUCUGGUUCUUUCUAAUUCCGGUAAGCGUUUCGAUAAAAAGAAGUUUGUGAAGCAGGUAACUGGCCGUCACAAUGACACCGAGCUCCACCUUGCCGCACAACGUGGGGAUUUGGCCGCCGUGAAGCAAAUGAUCGGUGAAAUUGACUCCCAGAUGAUCGGGACGCUGAGCGGAGCUGAUUUUGAUGCCGAGGUGGCGGAGAUAAGGUCUGCGGUAGUUAAUGAGGUGAACGAGUUGGGAGAAACAGCGCUGUUCACUGCGGCCGAGAAGGGGCAUUUAGAGGUUGUGAAGGAGCUGUUGCCAUAUACGACUAAGGAGGCUCUUUCAUUAAAGAAUCGCUCCGGGUUUGAUCCUUUUCACGUUGCUGCAAGCCAAGGUCAUCAAGCCAUCGUCCAAGUACUAUUAAAGCAUGACCCCUUGCUAAGCAAAACAGUUGGUCAAUCAAAUGCAACUCCUCUUAUAUCUGCUGCUACUAGAGGGCAUACGGCAGUAGUUCACGAAUUGCUGUCAAAAGAUUCAGGUUUGCUAGAGAUAGCUAGAUCCAAUGGAAAAAAUGCAUUACAUCUGGCAGCUCGCCAAGGGCAUGCUGAAAUUGUAAAAGCAUUGCUCGAGAAGGACCCCCAAUUGGCUCGUAGGACUGACAAAAAAGGGCAGACUGCAUUGCAUAUGGCUGUCAAAGGGGUGAGCUGUGCAGUGGUAAAGCUGCUUCUUCAGGCAGAUGCAGCCAUUGUCAUGCUACCAGACAGGUUUGGCAAUACAGCAUUACACGUAGCCACAAGAAAAAAGCGAGUAGAGAUAGUGAAUGAAUUGUUGCUUCUUCGUGACACAAAUGUCAAUGCACUAUCAAGGGACCACAAAACAGCUCUUGAUAUAGCUGAGGGUCUCCCUCUCUCUGAAGAAAUCAGCGAAAUAAAGGAUUGUUUGAGUCGUUAUGGUGCAGUCAAAGCAAAUGAACUUAACCAGCCAAAAGAUGAGCUACGGAAAACUGUAACACAGAUAAAGAAAGACGUCCACUCACAGCUUGAACAAACUCGAAAGACCAACAGAAAUGUUAGCGGGAUUGCUAAGGAGCUUCGCAGGCUCCAUAGAGAAGGAAUCAACAAUGCUACCAACUCAGUCACAGUGGUUGCUGUGCUCUUUGCAACAGUUGCAUUUGCUGCUAUUUUCACAGUUCCUGGUGGUGACCACGAUGAUGGAACAGCCGUGAUGGUGAGAAGUGUAUCAUUUAAGAUUUUCUUCAUCUUUAAUGCUAUUGCUCUCUUCACAUCCCUGGCAGUUGUGGUGGUACAAAUCACAAUUGUAAGAGGGGAGACAAAAGCAGAAAGGAGGGUAGUGGAAGUGAUCAAUAAGUUAAUGUGGUUGGCCUCUGUUUGCACCACUGUGGCAUAUAUUUCAUCAUCUUACAUAGUGGUCGGUCGGCAUCACAAAUGGGCUGCAAUUCUUGUUACUGUUACUGGAGGAGUCAUAAUGGCCGGAGUUCUUAGUGCUAUGACUUAUUAUGUAAUGAAGUCGAGAAGGAAACGUAAAGUGAGAAAGAAAGAGAAGCAUUCUAAGAACAUCUCUUGGUAUCUAUCCGAGUCCGAAUCAGAAGUGAACACAAUGUAUGCUAUCUGAUAUUUAAUCUCAUUUCCACGUACAACUGUCGUAUAUGUAACGGUUAAAUAUUGAUAAUUAAUUAUGAUGAAAUCUAUAUAGAAUUCAUUAUGAUCUGUGAUUAUAAUAUAAAGUGUUGUAUAUUCAACGGUUGUAUGGUAAACUUUCUCCUCCUUUGGAGUUUAUGUGAGAAAUUGAAUUAUACAGGAAGUGGAGCAGUUUAUAUUGUAAGAUGAUUUGUAUUGGAGUGCCACAUUGUCAAAUUGAAAGCAAAAAUUGAACAUAAAUUCUCUUACUCAUCUUGGUGCACAUCAGAUGAGAAAUAUUUUAUGAUCGAUCCCACUGUACAGAAUCGCUUUUGUAUGUUAUUUUUGUCUGGAUCAAACACGGUAGGAUGUGUGUCAAGGUUAUAGAGUUUUCAGGGACCAAAAUUAUAAUUUUUCAACGUUGGAAUUCCCAGGAAGCAACAGUGGGAUAAAUUAGUAGAAAUUAGUAGGAAAAUAAGGGCCGAGACAAUUUGUUAUAAUUCCUUUCCAUGUAUUUAUUUUGAAGGGUGUCAUAUGAGACGUGUUGAUGUCUCAUCCUGCCACAAGCCUAGUUGUUCCUAAGGCUCUUUAGGGGGGAGUGACUAGUUGGCUACCAGCUGGGGCUGGGCCCAAUUGG